CUGCCUCUGUCUUGUUUGGGUGGGCAGUUUCAUGCUGGCUGCACACUCAUACCGUUCAGAAAUGCUUCUUAUUUCGCAUCACUUACUGAAAUACCAAUAAGGCCAAGUCUCUGCAAAAAGAGUGACAAUAACAGCACUGUGUUAAACAAUCUAGUAAGUGGAAUCGAAGUGGUCAAUGUCACCAUUGAAAACCUCACCGACCCUGUGACCAUUGUCUUCCAGAACACAACCUUGCCGACUAACUCAAGUGGAAAAUGUGUCUUUUGGGAUUUCAGAAAAGGGAGCACAAGUCAUGGCAUCUGGAGUGAGUCUGGCUGUACGACCGAAAGUCAGCUUCACAACAUCACCUGCAAGUGCACCCACUUGACCUCUUUCGCUGUGUUACUGGUACGAAUGAUCCAAUCAAAUACUGUGUUUUAUUCUGGAUGGAUUGCAGUAGGAACAAUAAAUCUCCAGCAUGCUGUGAUCAAUCUGUCCUCUCAUUGUGGUUUGAAUACAAUUUCAUUGUGGAUUGAAAGGGAAACAGAGAAACAUAGAUCAUUGAAAGCACAGAUGGGGACCAUUCUGUCCAUCACGUCUGUGCAUACUGAGAGGGAUCUAUCCAAAUCAAUCCCACCUUCCAGUAGCAGCUCUGUAAAUUACAACAAUUUACAUGCAUAUCCAAUUUUCAUUUUUGAACAUAAUUAGGGUUUGACUCCAUUACACUUUUCAGUUGCGAGUUCCAGAUCCCUAUUUUCUCCUCAACUACCCUCUUUUCAUCCACAAAUUAAUCUAAAUUUCUACCCCAUGGUUAAUGAUCUUUCUGCCAAGGGAAACAGGCUCACUCUGCCUCAAGCACCUAUUGCAUUGUCCAUCUCAAUUAAA